UAUAUAUUCCUGGGUAAAGGGUUUCCGGAUACGGAAAAUCCCGGGAAAUGGUUUCCUAUAUUUAUGCUCCGCUCUGACCCCCAAAAAAAAAAAAAAAAAAAAAAAAGUUUGCACCGCGACAAAACCAACUCCUAAAACCCUAAAAUUUCAGAAGCAAGCAACAAGUCUUUCAUCCAAAACCCGAAACAGCAAAACCCUGAAAAUGUCAUCUUCAAUUCCUCUCCGCCAUCUCCGCCAGCUCUCCACCACCGCUAAGUCUUCAAUCUCCAUCUCACAAGCGAAGUCCAAGCUCCGAACAGAGUAUGACCCUGACAAAGCCCUAGAGAUUUACUCCUCUGUCUCCGAACACUACGCGUCUCCUACCUCCUCUCGCUAUGCUCAGGACCUCACCGUUCGUCGCCUCGCGAAGUCUCAUCGCUUCGCCGACAUCGAAAAAUUCAUUGAAUCUCACAAAAAUGACCCGAAAAUCACCCAAGAGCCUUUCUUGUGCACCCUCAUCCGAUCGUACGGCCGUUCCGGCAUGUUCGACCACGCAAUGAGGACCUUUGAUCAAAUGGACCAGCUGGGUACUCCGAGAUCUUCACUAUCCUUCAAUGCUCUGUUGACUGCGUGCACCAAUUCGAAACAGUUCGAAAAAGUCCCCCAUCUGUUCGAUGAAAUUCCCAACAAGCAUGGUGUCUCCCCGGAUAAAGUGUCGUAUGGUAUAUUAAUCAAGUCGUAUUGCGAGGCUGGUAAGCCCGAGAAGGCGAUUGAGACUCUGAGGUUGAUGGAGGAGAAGGGUAUUGAGAUAACUGCAGUGACGUUCACCACAAUAUUCAAUGCUCUGUAUAAGAAAGGCAAUGGUGAAGAGGCUGAGAACUUCUGGAAUGAGAUGGUGAAGAAGGGUAUUGAGGUUGAUGCUGCCGCUUAUAAUGUUAAGAUUAUGUAUGUCCAUGGCGGGAACCCCGACAAUGUGAAAGCCUUGAUCGAAGAAAUGGCGAAUGCCGGGCUGAAACCCGACACUAUUAGUUACAAUUACUUGAUGACUUGUUAUUGCAGGAAUGAGAUGAUGGAAGAAGCUGUCAAGGUUUAUGAGGGGUUGGAGGGAAAUGCUUGUAAUCCGAAUGCUGCAACUUUUAGGACUUUGAUAUUUUAUCUGUGUAGUAGUGAGGAUUAUGAUAAGGCGUAUAAGAUUUUCAAGAGGAGUGUGGAGGUGCAUAAGAUCCCCGACUUUAAUACGAUGAGACAUUUGGUUGAAGGAUUGGUGAAGAAGAAGAAGAUGAAGGAGGCCAAGGGAUUGAUACGCACAAUUAAGAAGAAGUUCCCUCCUAAUGUUUUGGUUGCCUGGAAGAAAGUGGAGGAGGGUCUUGGUUUGACUUCUUCUGAUAGGAAUGCUUCUUCAGUUCCUGAUGACGACGAGGCUAAGGAGGCUACAGCAUAGUUAUUAGCGGGAUUCUGGUUGGUCUUGUGCUGAAUGUGUUGAUUACUUCAUCUGCGGCCGCCCGAGUUGAUCUAGUGAAACCGUGAGCAAGGAUGCCAAUUUUCCGCGGAAGCAAGUUUGAAGCUUUUGGAAAUUGUAAUGCUGUAAAAGCUGCAAUUUUGAUUUUUAUGUUAGUUUUCUACUCUGUUUUCUGCUAUUUGGUUGAAUCUGUUCACCUAUUGUAGUGCUAGUAAAAAUUCCUUGGCUCAUCUGGCAUUUAGUAAGAUUUCAGAGCCCUUGUUCAAGCUGUCUUGUAUCCAGAUAGGGAAGCAGGCGUAUUUUAUUACUUUUUAUCCUGCUUAUGCCAUAGCCAGUAUGAGGAUUCUGUUCA